CAUUACGACCUGCAACGGCGCACACGCAUACAGGAUGAGUUGGCCGAACGUCUCCUAGACGACAACUCUGGUGAUACCUAUCCCUAUGACGAAAUGGAGGAAAAUGCUGGCAUUCGUGCUGGUUCAUCUACGGCACAGCAACCUUCACAGUCUCCAGUCAUGCAACUCGUGUCAACUG